CGAAGAUGAAGAUGAACAAGCUCUUGGCUCUGGGCUUCUCUGCCCUGCUCUGCUGUGUCCCAGCUGAAGCCCUUCGAUGUACCGUUUACCAAAACAAGAUACCCGUCUUUGGCUGCAUCAAAGGAUUGGGCAUCUGCCACCCUGCACCGGGGCUACCCUGCAAACACAUCAGAGUCUUUACCACAGGCAUCCAGUUUUCUUCACAGGCAGACUGUGCUAUGCAAGGUGACAGAUGCAACUUCAUGGAGCCAACGAAGUCUGGCCACCGCCUAAUUUCCUGUUGCAACACUGACUUCUGCAACAAUUAGAACUACCAACAGCACCAAUGUGGAUCUCCACGUCAUGGAAUUGCGGGGCCUGUGUCCUCCAUGCUAUAGGGAUCCCAAGCCCUUCUCUCAUCCCCCAUCUCAGGCUUCAAGAUGCCUCCACAAUCCAAGACCACCACGUAGGACCUCGCUGCCUUUAGGAUAAUUUUGGAUGUGUCAAAUUAGCACCAUAAGUCUGAAAACUCUUGCCAUACAUGGCACUAACAGGCUCCCUACCAGACUGACUCAGCCUCAGUAGAGGCCCUCACAGCUAGGAGCUCAUAUACCUCUGCCUUACUAAGCAGAGAUCCCAUUUACCUGCAUUCACACCCACAUCCCCGCCUCGCUGAUUAUCCUAUUUCACCAUUCCCUCAGGCAACUGACAGUAAUUUGGGCUAGUAGAGAGAGCACAGGCUAGGAACUCUGGAGUUCCAGCUCUACUAGCUGUAUCCUAGGGCAGGUCCCCUUACCUUUGCAUGUCUUAUGCCUUGUUUAUGCUAGGAGAUUUGCACUAGUUUACCCAAAUCAAUUUAAAAUCUAUUUAAAACUAAUGCAACCUUUAACAUCAGUACAUUUAAACCAGUGAAACUCUCA